AUGGCCAAGGUCCAGGAUGGACACACGAACGCAUGUGACAGCUCUGCAAUGUUAGAGGAGAGCCAGGAUGGUAUGGACAGUGGUACCCUAAGUCCUGCCUCAGCUCGACAGGUCACCAUCCAGCGUCACCCUACUCAAGGCUUCGGCUUCAUUGCAGGCAGUCAGAGGCCUGUCAUUGUACGCUCCGUCUCUGCUGACGGCCCCUCCUUUGGCAAGCUUCUCCCUGGAGACCAGAUCUUGGCCAUUAACGAGGAGACGGUGAGCGACGCGCCCCGAGAGAGAGUCAUAGACCUUGUAAGACGCUGCAAAGACUCUAUAGUUCUCACUGUGCUGCAGCCCCAUCAGUCACCUAAGUCUGCCUUCAUAAGUGCAGCCAAGAAGGCCCGCCUGCGAACCAACCCGCCUAAAGUGCGCUUUUCAGAGCAAGUGUCCAUCAGCGACCCAGACUCAACAAUGCUCAAGGACGACUCCUUGCUACUCAUACCAAAUGUGUUGAAGGUGUUCUUGGAGAAUGGACAGAUUAAGUCCUUUACAUUCGAUAGCCGUACCACUGUUAGGGAUGUGAUCUCGUCCCUGCAGGACCGCCUCUCGCUGCGCUACAUUGAGCAUUUUGCAUUGGUGCUGGAGGCAGGUGGUUUGGACCAGAAUCAAAGGUUGCAUCUACUGCAGGACAACCAGCCUCUGACACAUGUGGUGCAUAGAACCUAUUUCCAAGGGAUGAAGUGUCUGUUCCGCAUCUGCUUCUUCCCCAAGGACCCUGCAGACCUGCUGAGAAGGGACCCCGCCGCAUUUGAGUACCUCUAUAUACAGAGUCGCAAUGACGUCAUCAAGGAGCGCUUUGGAAUGGACUGGAAAUCUGACAUCACGUUACGAUUGGCUGCUCUCCAUAUCUACAUCACUGUGUCCUCCGCACGGCCCAAUCAGAAGAUCUCUCUCAAGCAUGUCGAAAAAGAAUGGGGACUCGAGCCUUUCCUUCCCCUCACUCUGCUCCCAACAGUCAAGGAGAAGAAUGUGUGCAAGAGCCUGUCUCAGUUGCUGAAGACCUACCAGCAUCCACCACCUUCGGGCAACAAGGUCCCUCCUCUCCAAGGAAAGCUGCAGUACAUGCGUGUACUCAACGACCUCCCACCUUUUGGUGGAAUACUGUUCCACACUGUUGGACUGGAUGAGAAACAGUCAGCUACAACACUACUGGUGGGUCCUCGACAUGGCAUUAGUCAUGUGAUUGACCUGAAAAACAACCUCACAACCGUUCUGGCCGAGUUCAGUAGGGUUGCCAAGAUCCAGCUCUACAGAGAGAGCCAAGGGGUGGCUCGUGUGGAGGUGACAAUCCAUGAGGCCAAGCCCUUGGUCCUUCUCAUGGAAUGGCCUGAUGCCAGUAAUUUUGCCUGCCUCAUCUCUGGCUACUACAAGCUGUUUGUAGACCCUAAACGGACCAUCUACUUCCGGACUCCUGGUCAGUCUCAGCUGACCAAGGCAGAUUACAGAAGCUCCCACCAUGCCCACCCACGUUCUGGGGCAACCAGCUUGCCAAGUGGAGGGCGGCGAGGGGACGAGAGGGAAAGCUCACACAGGGAGUCAGGUUCCGCAAGGGCCCUUGUUCCAGCAGAGCCUCAGCAUCUAGGCCUGUGUCAUGUCCACCUUCGAGAACAACAACAAUUUCAAGAGCUCCAAACACACACCGAAGCUGAACUCGACAUCAAUGAGAAUUUUAUUUCCCAAGAGCCCCCUGGGCGGCCCCGCACCAAGUCAGACCCCACCCAGCAGAGUACAGAGGAAAUAGCUGGGGUUUUAGAAACCCCAGCAGUGGAGAUUGCAGGAUUCCGAAUCCGAGCCCAAACUAUGGGACAAUCCCAGAAAACCUCACGAUACUUCUGUGACUCCUGCAAAGCCAGGCACAGGGCAGAGGGUCUUACAACAGCAUUGAACAGUAGUGGGAGCUCUGGAAAACACUGUUCCAGUGCGUGUGCCUCCCGAGAUGGAGGUGCUGUUGACCUCAUGGCACUACCGCCCCCGGGGAAUGAAGAGGAGGACGAGCCAGAUGGUGGAGGAGAAAAGCUGCAACCACCACCACCUGCUAUUGCUGCCCCACCACCUGGCUUCAGGGACAACAGUUCAGAUGAGGAUGACACAAAGAGAGGGAGGAAGGCUCGAACCAGUGCCAGCCCAGGGGUUGCCUCUGGGAAGCUGGCCCAAGCCAAGGAAGAUGUGCCUGUGACACUGAUUGAUAAUGUUGCCACGAGAACAGUCCGAGAUCAUGCCCAGGAACUUGAUGAUGCUCUGGUGUCCACCUUACAGGCACUAGAGGCUUUGGCAGCCUCUGAGGACUACCCCCAUCAUCCUCAACAGCCAACACAGACUGCAGGGCUGAUUGUCUUAGCUGCCAUUACACCUGAGUCAUCAUUGGACUCAGGCCAUGAGACCAACUCCUCUGAAUUGACAGAUGUUUCAGAGAUGGUGUCGGCUAUGAAGCAGAACCAGAACCAGGCCUAUCUGCUGGCUCACCAUAUCAACAAGGAACGUAUUCUCUGCCGCCGCGACUUUCCCCUGGCUAUCCCUGGCUGCACUGCAAAGACCAUAGGGACUGGGGCCUUCUCUGUGGGUCAGAUUCGUGCUGGCUGUCCACCCAAGCAAGUAAUCCUCAGCAAGACUGUUCCCUUUAAAGUCGGGCCCAGUCAAGACUCUGCAGUGCUCAGUGUUGUGACAGAGCAGGGGGGCAAUCAAGACACUACUGAGACUGAACAGAAAGCAGAAACGAAGGCAAACUGUGAGUCCACCAAAGCAAACACCACAGACCCCCCUUCUAAGUCACCUGAAGAACUUCAAGUGUCUGAUGCUUCACUGACAACUCAAGUCAGUAAAGAUCAGAAGUUUUCAAAUUCUUUAGGGGAGUCACUGAGCCAAAAUCUUUCUGAUGGUAUAAAGGGGAAGACAACAGCACCUCUUAAUACAGACCCUAGCAACAAAGCCUUACCUAUCUUCCUGCCUCUGGAAAGAACUGCCUCUGCCAAGAUUUCCCCCACUAAUAUGUGCCAAGAUGCCAAGACUGCCUCUAGUGAGACCAUGAAGCCUUCAAGCUCUGCAGAACUUCUGCCAGUUGAUGACCUCUUCUGCACAUGCCCAAUGCAGGAGCCUGGACCCCAACUAAGACUAAAAGAUCCACAGGUUCAGAAGGUAGUGGUGUUUCAAUCCUCCUCCCCCACAGAUGAUGAGCGUCUUCGUGCCAAAGGCCUACAGCUGGCUAACAGCAAAGAAAAUACAGUGAAAGUAGGAGCAGAUCCUAGUUUGGCAAAACCCAGCCCUCAGAUGCAAACCAAGUACUCGCCUCGUUUGCCUGUUAAAGCAGAGAGAAAAGAAGCAGCUGAAAGCAAGGCUGAGGCUGCCCCGGGCAAAUCCCACCUUGAGUCACAGAAAUGCCCCAUAAAAUCUUUACCUAUUUUAGAUGAUCCAACAACACCUAGCCUCUCUGUAGAUAAGGUCUCUACUCUCCCAGCCAGAGACUCAAAGAAGCAAGGUAGUGGUAAGGGGAAGUCCCAGCGGAGUGCCCCUUUCUUAAGCUUUAGAAAUCUUCUUUCGGCUACGUUCCCUGCAAGAAUGCGAAGAGAAACAGAUGAGCGAAGGGCUCAGUUGCAGAAAGUCCGUCAGUAUGAACUAGAGUUCUUAGAGGAGCUGCUGAAACCGAAGUCAUCCCAGGGCGAAUUUUUGCCCCAGGGAUCCUCACCUGUGCCCUCAGGCACUCCUUGUGCCUGCCAGCUCCGCACCAGCCCUGUCCUAAAGGCACCAGGUAUCUCCAGGGAGCAGCGACGCAGCUGUGACUGUAAGCGAAUGUGUAGGGGCAUGAGACUACCUGAUACACCAGUUGGCUCCACAACAGAGACACAACACAGAGGCAGAACUAUCUCGAAGACUCCUCCAGCAGUCUCCAAAGCCCCUCACACCCAAGGUGCUACCAGGAGACCUCAGACCUUAGAGAUCAAGACCACACGAAUACGCUCUACCAGCCUUGAGUCAAGGGAGCCAAGGGCAGAGCAGGGUUCCUGCUUGCCCACCUGUACUUCUCAAACUGAUUGCAUGGGAGCACCACAAUAUAAGAAGCUCCAGAGGCGUUACAGCAUUGGAGAGCUGGAUAACAGCACUAACACACCUGUGUAUGCUGAAGUAAAGCCCAAAGCCAAGAGCCUAGAGAAGGAGAUGGAAAGAGUGAGGGCCACAGGGCUGAGGCUCCCCACUCCAAUAGAGCCAGUCCACACUCAGUCUCACCAGACAGAAGGAAAGGGAAAAAAGGGUGUGUUUUUUAUUCAGGGAGAAGAGCUACUGCGUGAAAGUAAAGAUGGGACUGACGAGGUGCUGCUGACCCUGCCUAGUGAAGACAGUGAUGAAAAAGAUAAAUGCUGCUCAUUCUGUUUCUGCUACAGGAAGUGUGAAGCAGCAGAUGAAAGCAGUGAGAAGGACGAGCUUUCAUACUCCAUACCCCUUCAGGUCCUUCCAGGCAUGGAGCUGGACUCACGUACCUUUCCUGUAGUAAGCAAAACACUCCAGGUUCUGAAUGCAGAGGACUGCAGUGGAGAGGAAGAGGAGGAGGAAGAGGAGGAGCCACAAACACAGGAAAUUGACCUGAGAGCCUGUGGUACACUGGAGGGGAGCCUGGCACGGGUACAGGCUCUACAGGGGAAAAGUUUCAGCUUGCCUGAUGGUUUCCUAAAUGCCCAGUUGGAUGCUAAUGAGUUGCUAGCUAUCCUGCGUCAGUGUGCUAACAGCCCACAAGCUGAGGGUGAGGCUCGUCUUCAGCCCUCACAGAUUGCAGAGUACAAACAGGAGCUGGCGGUGCGCUUCAAAGAAUUCAGAGCAUCUUGUCGGCGAGUGGCAAGUGUUGAAAAAAGUCCAACACGAAUGCUUGCUGUUGUCACAGCCAGCUUUCAAGUGUUGUGUGAACUAACUCAGACCUUCAUCAAAUUGGUCAGAGGGGUUCGUUCAGAAACCCAGAGGCUGCAGCUGUUGAGAAAAGUUGAAGAAGUAGCUAUCAACUACACUUUGCUUCUACGUGCAGCAGAAGAAUCAAUGGGACACUCAAGCAGCUUGCCAACAAAGACAGUGAGCCCUCAAGUUUCCUCCAACACCAAUAACAUGAGCUCACUCACUCGACCCAUCAAAACUCUGCCUGCCCAGUAA